AACCAAAAUACCUCGUAUAGCCCACCAAUGAGUCUAUUUGUAGACCAAGACGAAGACCCGGCUUCACAACCUCCGGAAUCAAUCCACCCAAUAUCUUUCACAGCCUCAACGAAUCAAAUAAUCCAUCUUGCGGACAUUUUAUCUUCUAUAACCACCAUCAACGCCAAUGCCACCAUAUCCAUUAAACAAGACGGUAUCACAAUCUACGCGUCAUAUAACCACAUCACUAACGUUCAUGUCACUAUCGACCCUUCCCUUUUUAGUUAUUACAAUUUGUCAGGUCCAGAAGAUGCCGAGUUACGACUAGGUGUAGACAUUAACUUGAUUGCUGAAUGUUUCAAUUCCGUGACAAGCUCAAUCACCAAGCGUGAUUCUAAACGGGAUAAGAACAACGUGGUUAGUGUAGGAGAGACUGUGAUUUGUCUUUUAAAUUACCAAGGAGAAGGCUACCCUCUAGUUGUUGAAUUUGAAGAUAAUUUAAUUUCAGAAAAGUUGGAGUUUUUGACGUUCUAUAUAGAUGAUGAGAAUGACGAAGGAAUGGCCGUAUCCCAUGAUGAUAUAGAUAUGGAGCUUAUCGUCAAAAGUGAUGUGUUGUCCAAUUUACUUCAGGAUCUACAUCAGAUAAAUACCCAGGAUUUAUAUAUUUACGCCUCAGUCAAGAAUGAGUCUAAACAGUUACGAUUUAUAAGUACCGGACCAAUAGGUACACUGAAGUUGAUAUUCCCCAAUGAGAAAACCAUACUUGAAAAGGUGUCAUUAUCAGGAGACUCCCAGUUCAUAAUUUCCAAAUUUGACUUUGUCAAUUUCUUCAAGAUAUUCCGAGCAGUCAAGUAUAGCUUCAAAUGUAAGAUGCUAAAGGAUCGCGAAGGAAGGUUUUCAAUUCAGCUUCUUUGCAAGAAUGCUUACAUGGCCAACUACUCAGGUACUUUAAUGCAGUUCAAUAUGUUGGAAGUGAAUCACGAUGAAUAUAUGUUACAUAAUAUCCUACAAGAAGAAGCCGACGAGGAAGAAGCACCCAACGAAGCACCAACCAUCUCCAUGAAUAUGGAUAUGGACUUUGGUCCUAGUCUGUACAACGGUGUAGAUGUACAGCGAACAAUAUAUGACGAAGAUGGGGCGGCACAAAAACGACAACGGGCUCAGCAAGAGCAAGUUAGAAACGUAGGAGGUGCAGUUGAGAUACCGUUAUUCUUAUAGAUGUAAAUAUAUAAACUAAUCAAGACUAAUACACUGAAAUAUAACUGUCAAUUCUAUUCUUUUGGUUUUGGGCAAUACAUUCAGCAAUCCAAGUGAUAUUUCUAAUUUCCUGUUCCUUUGAUUUCAACCAUGCGUAAACUGUCGAUAAUGUGAAUUGUUGAGUGAAUGCAUUUCUACAAAAUUGCAUUUCCAACAAGUAAAACCAAUCACCCAAUCCUCUCAAUCCGGAAGCAUCUCCACUUUCGUUAAAAAUGUCCUUGUAAUCACCAAUGUAUUCCACAAUUGAUUUUAAUUGUUCAAUAUCUUCAGCCUGAGAUAAUUGCAAGUGAUAAGUUGGAUAGAGCUUACCGUAGCUUGGGAACAAACUGAGCUUGUCUUCGCUAGACAAGUCGCUGUUGUUCAAAGAGUUCAAAGUGAUGUUUAUAACUCUCUUAUCUGCUUCCAAAGUCAACAAUCUAAUCAUGAUUUCUUGAUCAGGUCCGUCAAAUUCACUUGUGACAAACUCAACAAAUGAUUCCAAGUAGUUCUUGUACAACUUAUUUCUAAUAAUUUCAAUGUUUAAAUCAUCCAAGUCAUCAGCACUAACACAAUUCUUGAAGAAUGGUGCCAAUGGAGUAUCAAUCAAUACGGUAGAAUACAAACUUUCAAUAUCGGUAGCAAUGGACAAAGUAGGUAAAGUGUCAAACCAACCUAAUGGGUUACACUUUCUCAAAAUUUCCAGUUUAUCCCUUUCGUGUAAAGUCCCGGUAAUCAUUAAAAUCACAUUAUCAAUCAUGUAUCCGUAGUUAAUAUAGUUCAUGAACUUGGUCAAUUUACCACUAGAUUGUGACUUGACAUAUUGGAAUUGUUGGAACAACUUCUUACUUAAGUUAUCCUGAAGUACACUGGUACUCAAUGGGCCGGAGUAGUUAGCCAUGAAAUUCCCAUAAUCGGUGGAACUUAAUUGUAAUUUUAAAUCCUCUAAAUUGUCACAUUGAGUUAAAUUGACAUAUUGGUUGGUGGUGAGUAAUCCACUCUUGUAUCCACGAACAACACCUUCAAGGUAUCCGUUGUUGAUAUUGAAAUAUAACCCUUCCAUGGUCUACUAAAACAAUUGAUGUAUUGAUGGAUGGAU